GCCAACCAUCUCGCCUACUCAUGUCGAGCUUGCCAUCCGCUUCUGUCGUUGAGAACGGCGCCGCUACUUCCAGGACGGCGGUACGCCUGACGGGCCUCGCGCUGCUCUCCUUGAGCUUCCAGACACUAGGAAUUAUCUACUCCGAUAUCGGUACCUCUCCCCUAUACGUACUCAACGGUAUAUGGGCUAGCGACGGACCCGUGCCGUCGAAGGAGGAUGUUAUAGGCAGCAUCUCCGCUAUCCUAUGGUCUCUGACGCUCCUUCCCCUGGUCAAAUACGUAUUUAUCUCCCUUCACUUCGGUACGAGCGAAGGAGAGGGCGGCACAUUCGCGCUUUAUCAAGGUCUCUUCCCUCGCGCAAAGGAAGACCCAGACUCGGACCGCGUGCUCACCGGCGGCUCGACUGACCCGACUGCAAAGUCCGAGUGGUCCUCCAUCCCCCGGUUAUCGAAGCACCUCAAAUGGCCUCUCCUAAUAUGGUGCUUGUUUGGCACCAGCUUGACAAUGGCGGAUGGCAUCCUCACACCUGCCGUUUCCGUCACUUCGGCAAUGGGCGGUAUGGCCGUUGCAAAGCCAUCUGUAUCCUCCGAUGUCAUCCCUAUAUCAAUCGCAUUCCUUGUCGUUCUUUUUCUCGCUCAGCCAUUUGGGACUGCGAAGAUAUCAUACGUAUUUGCGCCCAUCACCUGCAUAUGGUUACUCCUUCUGGUAGCCACAGGCAUCGUCAAUAUUGUCUCGUACCCCGGUAUAUUCCGCGCCGUCGAUCCAUCUCGGGCUAUCCUAUGGUUCGUGCGCACUAAGAACUUCGAUGCUCUCAGCGGGGUGUUGCUAGCGCUCACUGGAUGCGAGGCCAUGUUCGCAAACUUGGGACAGUUUAACAUGCUCUCAAUUCAGCUUUCCUUCAGCCUCUUCGUUUAUCCGUCCAUCUGCAUAGCCUAUCUCGGCCAAGGCGCUCGACUCAUCUCGGACGGAGAAUCGGUGUUAUCGAACGUAUUCUACCAGACUAUACCUGGCUCGAACAACGGUCCACUCUUCUGGAUCGUCUAUGUUUUCGCAAUACUAGCCACACUGACCGCGUCCCAAGCCAUGAUCUCCGCGACGUUCAGUCUAACCCAGCAGAUUGUCAACCUUAGAUGUCUCCCGCCGCUUCGUAUUCGGUAUACCUCCGACACAAUCCAAGGACAAAUAUUUGUUCCCAGCGCAAACUGGCUCCUGAUGAUCGCCACGAUCGUGGUAGUCGCUGCAUUCAAGAGCUCCACCGCUCUUACACACGCUUAUGGGUUCGCCGUCGCAACUGUGAUGAUUUCUACCACCGUCCUCAUCGCUAUUCAAAUGCGCUACGUCAAAUACUGGCCCGCAUUGAUCGCCGUCGCCUUCUUCAUUGCCUUCGGUUUCUUGGACGGACUGUUCUGGGGCGCCUCCUUGAGAAAGGUACCCGAUGGUGCAUGGGUGCCGCUGAUGAUCGGUGCAGUCUUGAUGGUCAUCAUGGUCUUCUGGACGUGGGCGAAGGGAUUGGAAGAUGAAUUCGAUGGCACAAAUCGCCGCAACCUUCGUCACUUCAUCGUUCCCGGAGAGGCUGGCGAAAUCGCCCUUCAUGUUGGCAAUGCCCACGGUUACCAGGAAGACAAUGCAAUCGCGAGCGAAGAAGAUCGCGGACUGUCGCCUAUUCCUCACGAGUACUACUACAUGGCGGAUCCGGACAAAGGGAAUUCGUUCAAUGAUUUCCCGGACGAGGAGAGGAGACAACUAGUGAGGAUUCCCACGUGCGCCAUAUUCCACAAGCUGUCCAGUGGCAAGGGGGUGCCACACUCGUUCGUCGGUUUUGUACGACAGUGGCCGGCUCUGCCCAGGGUUGUUAUAUUCCUAUCCGUCCGUAUGCGACCUAUCGCACACGUCCAUCCCAAUGAUAAAUACAUUGUCACCAAAGUUUACGCCGUUGAAGGAUUCUACGCAGUAACAUAUGCGCUUGGCUUCCGCGAAGACUUCGAAGUCAAGGUCGAAGAAAUCGUGAGCCGCAUAUGCGCUGUGGAGGCUAGGACAAAUCCGGAGGGUUCUUCCUACACUGUCGAUACUAUCAAGCAGUACGCAUCGACAGCGACACACAUCGUCCCUCAUUACUAUGUGAUGAGCAAGAAGAUCGACGGUGGCAUUGCCUCAAAAGCAGUUCACUGGAUACGCGCUUUCUUAAUCGAAAGCUUGUACCGCCCUCUUGCCUCUAUGUUCCCCGAGACAGAAAAUUGGAUGUGCUCAUCGGACGAAAUAAUACGUGUUGGCGUGACCGCUACGAUCUAACGGGUCAUGUUAGUAUACGCACAACAUGUGCCUAUAGAUGUGAAAUCCACUCUGUACAUAGAGAAUGAUAUACAGCUUGCGUCGAUUCUUAUGCACCUUCG